CUGACACAGGCGUCCCCAAGACCCCACUUUCUCCUUCCUUUGAGACUCUGCGCCAGCUGGGGUGUCUGACAAGAUAUGAGCUGUCACUCUCGUGCGGCACAGCAGCGACCCAGAGCUCUUUCAGAAAAGGAAAAAAAGAAUUAACAACUCUAUCCAAGGCUGACUUCAAAACGCACUUUUGUUUGUAAUAACCAGUGUCAACUGAGAGGGCUUCAUUUGGGAAAAGAAACCGUGCCGGACCACCCCGAGAGCUACCACCUCCUAGGAGGCCAGCCAUUCCCAAAUGCCCCAAGGAUGAGCAACGGAGACAGCAGACGCGGCCCCUAACGAUGCUGACUCCCUCCUGAGAAGCAGGAUCACUUGGUACAAGAAAAGGCCUUCUCUGAGGAGAAUAUGAAAGUGUCACUCAGAUUUGUUUGUUUCAUAGCUCUACUGAUUUCUUCUCUGCAGGCUGAUAAAUGCAAGGAACGUGAAGAACAAAUAAAUCGAGUUUCAUCUGCAAAUGAAAUUGAUGUUCGUGCCUGUCCUCUUAACCCAGAUGAAAACAAAGGCAUUAUAAUUUGGUAUAAAAAUGACAGCAAGACACCUGUAUCUACAGCACAAGAUUCCAGGAUUCAUCAAUACAAAAGCAAACUUUGGUUUGUUCCUGCUAAGGUAGAGGAUUCAGGACAUUACUAUUGUGCAGUAAGAAAUUCAUCUGACUGCCUCAAAAUUAAAAUAACUGCAAAAUUUGUGGAGAACGACCCUAACUUGUGUUAUAAUGCAGAAGCUGUAUUUACACAGAAACUACCCCUUGGAGGAGACGGAGGACUUGUGUGCCCUUUUUUGGAAUUUUUUAAAGAUGAAAAUAAUGAGUUGCCCAAAAUACAGUGGUAUAAGGUAAUUUUGGUCCUGGUGAUGUGUGUAUUUUUCUGUAGCACUGAACUGAGUGGAUUCAGAAGGGUGCAGCUUUGCAGUGGGUGUUCACAGUUUGCUGCGGCCUCUGCCUCAGCUUUCUUCCUUCACUUUUCACCUCCCACCUCCUGCCUUGAGCACUCGAGGGAAUAUCUGGCCAGAUGCCAUUUAGUAUAUUUUGCUAAGUGUUUUGAGGUUCUGAUCUAUAAGAGACUGACCAGCCCUGUGGAUGUUUUUCUUUCAGAGGAAAAUUUGCCAGUGAGGCCUGUGAUUGUGAGUCCAUCUAAUGAGACGAUGGAAGUAGUCUUGGGAUCCCGGAUCCACUUGAUCUGUAAUGUCACUGGCCUGCUCAGUGACAUGAUCUUCUGGAAGUGGAAUGGGUCCUACAUUGACGAAGAUGAUCCAGUGCUGGGGGAAGAUUAUUAUCCUCCGGAAAAUUCUUCAGACAAAAAACGGAAAAUACUCAUCACAGUGCUUAAUAUUUCAGAAGUUGAAAGUAGAUUUUAUCUCCAUCCAUUUACCUGUUUUGCCAGGAAUACAUAUGGCAUAACUGCAGCAUAUAUCCAACUAAUACAUCCAGUCCCUGAUUUCCAGAAGCACAUGAUUGGGAUAUUUGUUAUGUUAACAGUUGUAAUUACAUGUUCUGUUUUCAUCUAUAAAAUCUUCAAGAUUGACAUUGUGCUUUGGUACAGGGAUUCCUGCUAUGAUUUUCUCCCCAAAAAAGCUUCAGAUGGGAAGACCUACGAUGCAUAUAUACUGUAUCCAAAGACCCUUGGGGAAGGGUCCACCUCUAAUUCAGAUAUUUUUGUGUUUAAAGUCUUGCCUGAAGUCUUGGAAAAACAGUGUGGAUAUAAGCUGUUCAUUUAUGGAAGGGAUGACUACGUUGGGGAAGACAUUGUGGAGGUUAUUAAUGAAAACAUAAAGAAAAGCAGAAGACUGAUUAUUAUUUUAGUCAGAGAAACAUCAAGCUUUGGCUGGCUGGAUAGUUCAUCUGAAGAGCAAAUAGCAAUGUACAAUGCUCUUGUUCAGGAUGGAAUUAAAGUUGUCCUGCUUGAGCUGGAGAAAAUCCAAGAUUAUGAGAAGAUGCCAGAAUCCAUUAAAUUUAUUAAGCGGAAGCAUGGAGUCAUCCGCUGGUCAGGGGACUUUACAGAAGGACCACAUUCUGCAAAGACAAGGUUCUGGAAGAAAGUCAGGUACCACAUGCCGGCCCAGCAACGGUCGUCUUCAGCCAAACACCAGUUACUGUCUCUGGCCACUAGGCCGAACUCAAUGGAGAAGCUGCAGAGAGAGGUUCACCUGCCUCUUGGGUAGCGUGCAGAAGCCUGACAAGAGCUCUGUGGGUGCCUCCUGUCUCAUGGCUUUGCAGGCCGGGCUGUGCCUCCUGCUCACUGGUACAGUCAUAAAAUGUACCUGUAGAGUCCGUUAUCCCUGAGGUCACCUGGAAUCAGAUUGUUCAGGGAGAAGGACGUGCUGACAAUAGCAGGCCAGGGUACUGCAGAGAAGAGGGCUUGGGAAGGCCUUAAGGAAGGCAACAACUGCCCUCUCUGAAUGUUUAACUGCCGAGGAAAGGCACAGAGACAGCAAACUAGAGGAAAGAACAUGCAGGAUAUGGUCACCAUCCAUAGAUGGUUUUGUGAAGUGGCCCACAGCCCAAGGGCAGGGCCGUGGCCCUGUCUGGGGACUCUGUAGGGUCCCUGGCCCUGGAGUGUCUCUCCUGGGUGGGGCUGCAGGUGAAGUGAGACUGACACCUCACAGAGGAAGAUGGACGUAUUCUUGGAGAACGUUCCAUUUGCUUGCAUUUUCCAUACACAUCCACUGCCAGCAGUUUCCAAAGAUUCAAUUUUACCUUAUAGACCUUGAAAACUGUCGUUUCAAUGAACAAAGGGAUUCUCUGGGAUCCCAAGGUUUUGAAAUCAUCUUAGCUUUCCAUAGGAGAGAGAGAAUUUUAAAAGCAACAGAAGCAGGAAUUGAUCCACCUGUUAAUGUUUUCCUCUCUGGCAUGGCCAUCCAGUUCUUCCUUAUUCUUCUGCACUGUCCUGGGCUCAUUGCUUCUUUGGAAGGACAGCUUCCCAGUGGCUUCCUUCCUGCGCUGUCCCAUGCACAGCCCAUAAAUGACCCGUCCUUCCUAAGAUGCUGUUCUCCUCUCACCCUGCUCCUGCUGGAACGCCUCUAAGGGGCUCCUCCAGUUCAGGAGCUAAAGCCCUAGCUCUCCCGCCAGCUUGUCACCCCGACCUGCCCUCAGCCUUCCCUCACCGGUCCUGCUGCGUGAACUCCUGGGUCAGCCUCGCAGUCUGGGCACCUGACCCGCUCUUCCAUCCUCUCCCUACCCCUGCCUCCUCUGACUAGAAUGCGGUCUUAAAUUUUCUCCUGCUGACCAGAAUUUGACUCACAUUCAAAAUUUACCCCAAGUUCCUAGUCCCUGAGAGAGACUUUGCCUAAGAGUUUACUCUCAAACCCUCUCUCUCCGCCAUGUGUCAAUGGUACUGACUGCUGGUGACCAUUCUAGGGGAGGGUUGUUCUCUCCCCACCGGAGUCUGUGCUCUUGGAGGGGGAGGCCGUGGCUGCGUCUCCAUGUCCCUCUCUGCAUUCCACGAGUAAUUUGCACAUAUGACACAGAUUUGCAUAUUGCUUUAUUGUUUAAAAAUGUUCUCAGAUUAUCUUAUUUAAGUUUUGCAAUUAUUCUAAUUUUCUACAGAGAGGAAGUGACCAAUUUUUUUUUUUUUUUUAAAUCACACUCUAAGUUCUAUUGGAUCUAGGACUUGAACUUCCAUUUCUGGCUUCUAGUCCAGUGCUCUGAAUACUUGACAUCAGGUAAAUAACUAUGCUCCUCACGCCCACCCCAGCACUUUUGUGAGAAGAAAUGAUAGUUUUCUAGGAGGCAACAGAGUCUAGGAAUGCUUUUGUUUAAGAAAGCAAAUUCUAAACUUUUCAGUGUUGGAAUUUACAAAAAUGAUGUUUAGAUUUUAUGAAAAACUUUUCUACCUUCAUAUAUUCUUCCCCUAAAGUUACAUAUUUCUUGGUCAACUAAAAAUGAAAAAGAAUUGUGUUUUUCUGGUAUACAAAAUUUUAAAAAAAAAUUUGAUGAGAGUCUUCAGCAUGAUUAGAGAAAUCCUGGAAAACCGCAAAGCCAAGUUUAUGUGCCACUUAUUGCAGGACACAUGAACAGUUUUAAAAGUUGUAUGAACGUGGAUAGGCCUCCUGGUUUUCAUAUUUUUAUGUUUUUGAUAUGUAAUAUUAUGGGUGGACACACAUUUUUAUUCGGAAUAAUAUUUUUCCCCCGAAGUUGUCAGAGCUAGACACCAAUGCACAGAAUUUCAUACUGACUCUUCCCUUUCCAUCUACUGUCUCCUGGGUGUGAUCUGACAGCAUUGAGUGACAGUGCUGUGUAGAGCUGCCAUUCUGAAAGACAGGGCCUUGUUUUCAUUUGGCAGUAUCCGUAGACUGCAGCCAGAGGUCCAUGGGGGUAGGGUGGGGGUGUCACAUCCUGAAAAGUCUAUUAGGUGCUUUAAAUUUUUAAUUUUGUUCAUGAUUUUAGUCUGUCAUCUAGAAAAUAUAUCAGCAUGCACAGUGCCAAGAAAGCAAGCCAAUUCUGAAACUUAGAAUUGUCCACAAAAUCGGCCAGAAAGUGGGGAGGAGUUGACAACCAAGAAUUUAAGGAGGAACAGGAAUCAACAGAUAAGCCUGGGUGAAAGGGCAUCCCAAGCAGAAAAGUGCAAUGUCAUUCCCGUAACUUCCAAGGGCUGGAUUAGGGGGGUGGGGUGGAGAAGCUACAUUUUUAGUUUCCUAUGAACUUUCUUUGACUUCUGUCUUUCCCUCCACACCAAAAAAACCUUUUUAAAUGCCUUCCCCAUUGGUAAGAUUUUAUUGCACUUUCUGAUGGUAUUUUUUUUUAGUUAGCCUGAGUAUUGAAGAAGAGUUUGCAAAUGCAGCAAAGUAUUUAAUUACCAGUUGUUAAAACUGGGUUAGCAGAAUUUAUACUUCCCCUUUCCUGCCUUUCUUUUUAUUUUAUUUGCAAUAAAAGAAAAGGUAAU